CACUAUCAGGUGGUGAAGGAGAAAGUCUUUGCAAUUUGCAUAAAAGUUUAUAUAUCAAAACGUUUUAUUAGUUUUUUCUUUCAUAAAAAUGAAUUCAGACACUGUGAUAAUAGAAGAUGAUGAUAUUGAAAUGGUACCCAUUGUUGUUCUUGAUGAAGAUGAUGAUGACGUGGCCACUGAAAAAGCUGUUGAACCACAAACAGUGGAAACUAUAGACUUGGAUGAUGACCAGCCGCAAGCUGCACCCACGGCAGCAUCGGAGACAGUACCGAUGGACUAUGCAACAGAAAAGGCCUUCGUGAGAAAGCUAAAAAUUAAUAGUCUAAUGGAUAAAAUUGUACAAACAUGUUUGAAUAUGAAGAAUGCAGUAGGAAUGCCAAGAGUAAUACAGAAAACAUUAAUACCGUUAUAUAAAGAUACAAGCAACGCUGUUAAAGAAUCUAAAGAGUUUAAGAAAUUGUUGAGAAAAACAUGGAAGUUGUUGCAGAAAGACCCUAAUCAUAAGUUUUUACACAUCAAGACAUUGUGUGAAGAAUUAAAAUCAGGGCGAGUGAGAAGAAAAGUGCCUUUUGUAACGCUAACUAGAGAAUUGCCACAUAGGACAUCUGGAUUCGUUACAGAACUAAAUAGCAGUAGUAAACCAAUGAAUAGUGACGAAAGUAGUAAACAAACAAAUGGAGACGAAGAAGUACAAUGUCUUGAUAUGGACGAAAUUGGCGAAAGAAGAUCUGAACGAAUAAAAGAACAAGAAAAAUGUGGUGCAGCAAACAGAAAACUAACUGCAUAUUCACAAGCUGUCAAAUCAUACCAACAACGCAAAAGAUUUGCUAAAAAAUUAAAUGAUAUUCAUUUGGUCAAUGCAGCAAAAUUAAACAAGCUAAACAAACAAUGUGUUACAGCAAUGAGUAAAAAGUUAAAUGGUGCUAAAACAGACAAACCACAUAGUUUAGACAUUAGAUACGAAAAGACUGAUAUUAUUAUUUUAGAUAAUUCUGACAAUGAGCUUGAGGACAGUCAGACAAGUAAUGAAAAUCAAAAUGUAAAUAUAAUUUUAGAUGAUUCUUGUAAAGAACAUACAUUAUCAAAUGAAGCAAUGAACAGUGUUACUGCAGACACUGAAAAUAACGUUGGCCUUAAUGAAGAUUCAAAUAAAGAAAAUGAUCAAUCAGAAAAUAAUAUAACUAGACCCUCUAACGAAGAUAUAGAUGUAGAACUUUUAAUUCCCAAAAACCAUAUUGAUGUCAGAAUUGAUAAUGUAGAUCCAUAUAAUUAUAAUGAAGAAAGGAUAAAAGCAAUUGAAAAAGAUAUUGCGUUUUAUAAAAAAAGAAUAGAAGAGUUAGAAGAGGAAGAGGUAACAACGGACAAUGGAUUCUCAUCUCCAUACAUUCUAUGUGCAAAAUUCAAAAGCAAAAUUGUUGAAUGCUACAAGAAGAUAUGUGAACUUAAUGGAGACAGCGAUAUAAUAGUAAAAAGGUGCGAAAUUCGAUUACAAGUAGCCAAUGGCCAUCCAUCAGGUCCUGCAAAGAGGCUGGAAGAGCAUUUGAAUGAUAGCAUAGACAACACAGGUGCUGUCGCAUUCCCUGAUUUCUCAGAUGUGGUUAAAUGUGUUAUAGAAGCAAAUAAAGAAGAUUGUUUAGGUUGGAACAGGCAACAGGUGAUCCGAGAAGCGUCAGCGUUAUUCCGCCAAUGCGGACAGGCGUUGCGUAAGCGCCGACAGAAGCGAGAAUACAGAGAUCUUCUAUGUCUAGUACCCGAUAAGCAAGACCCUGAUGACCCUGCGGAAAAUAAUCCAGAACUUUUGGCUAAAUUAGAAGAAAACAAGCUCAUUGCUAAAAUAAAAGAAGAAGAAAUCUUAGAAAGAUAUGUUAAAAUGGAGAAUCAGAUGUAUGCACCAGGUGCUGGAAGCAAUGGAAGCAAUGGAGAAGCCAGUACGAUGGAGUUUGAGUCAGACAGAGAAUCUAGCGAUUCAGAAAGUGGCUCUGAGGAUGACACCAUAGCACCAGAAGAUGUAGCUCCGGACAUAAGUCAUGACCAAUUUGAAAUAGAAGGAAGAAGAAGUGAAAUAGAACAGCGUCCGAAAACUGUUAGCUUUGAGUGUUUAGUAUUAAAUAAUAAUCUUAUUUUAACUCCGAAUGCGAUUAGUAAUCAAGUUAAUACUGCAGGUGUAUCAAAUAAUCAUAAUGUUAGUGUAAAUGCUAAUCCGUCCUCAUUUAAUCCUUUACUAACGCAGUUAUUGGAUACUCCAUUUGUAACACCAUCAUCUGCAUUAUUAGAAACAACAGGAAAACAAAAUAUCACACGAGAGAGUUCAAGUGUUAAAGAAAACCAGGCCAAAGUUCCAAUAGUCGUUCUCGAAAGACAUAUAGGUAAACAUAUAAACACAGAGGAAAUUAUUGAUAAUAAUAAUUUAGAUACGGUAACAACAAUAAAUGACUCAAAUUUAAUUAAUAGAAUAAAAAUUGAAGACCCUGAUGAUCCAAAUAUUGAGUCUAGUGAUAUAAAUGAGAAUCAUAAUUGUAUUAAUUCCAAUUAUACGUCAAUUAGCAAUAGAAUACAAUUCUGCGAUGAAGAAAGAAAAGAGGAUGAUGUCAAAGUUAAAAAAGAGCCUGAACCAGUAGAUGUUCAAAGUAUGUUAGACGAGUUAGGAGAUGGUUUCGUGUGCACUGUAUUCGAUUUUGAAGACCCAUUCCUAGUCAUAGAAAUAUCAUCAGAUGAAUUUUCAGAGGAUGAGACGUAAUAAAAUGUUCUUAUUA